AGACACAAUGGGAAUUGCGUUUCAAAAGGAAUACUGUAGAUCCUCCUAAAUCACUCACAUGUUCCCUUGAAUACGUAAUGCGAAGGAUUCCGGGUGUUACGGUGUAAGCGGGUCAACCUGUUGGCUGCUUGUUUAACGCAAAUCUGAUCCUGAGCAUGUACUUUCGGCAGAAGGCGAAGCUAAAAUAGCUGCUGCACAAAUUUAAUUUUUGUUGCUGUCAAUGAAAAGCACAUCUUGGCUUUUGUUAAGGCUUGAAGCCUUGCUCCAUUGAGCUAAGAUUUCUUCUCAAGGGCCUAUUUCACGAAGGAGCACCAGUGGAUCAGAUGGUCAUUAUCCUGAAGAUUUCAUCAAAGUACAUAUAUCAUAAUUUUGGAUCAAAACCAAAGAACGAGGAUCAUUUGUUUUAAAGCUUGACUUAAGCACGAAUCAAGAUUAUUACGUGAGCUUCUUGAUCUCAAAUUGGAUUUUGGUUUGCUUUCAAUGUGAAACCAUCGUUUUGUAUUGUGGGUUCAGAUUACACAUUUUCAUAACUUGUUGUGACCGCCGGUUGGACGCAUUCUGUUCUAGCCGACACAGCCGGGAAUUAUAAGCUUUCAAGUACAGAGAAUUCACUUUUUAAUCCGUGCUCAGCGUUUUAAGGAAAUUUUAUUUCUUGGUUUUCUCAACAAAGCGUUGUUAGCAGGGAAGGUUUUAAUAGCACUGUGGUAAAUAUCGCGGAAAGAGUUUGUUUACAGAUCGAGUGGCGAAUUCUCCAGCAUAAUACCUCCUUUAACAAUGCAGUUUCGUUAAUUUCUUCACAUAAUGAAAAAAUAUCGUUGCAAGAUUUGAUAGAGUUGCUGUGAGCUGUCUGUUUUGCGUAUUUUUGCACUUGAUCAUUUAUCAUAAAGCACACCUGGGUGAAGCUGUCAUUGUGAAUCAUUUUUUAAAAACAGGAAUCAAAGGAUGUAACACGCAGAUUGUAUUCAAAUACAACUGAUCAACUGAUCUUUGCUUGAAAAUGAAUUUCUGAUUUUGACAAAUUAAUUUGCAAACAUUGGGAACACAACGAGCGAGGAGUCUGGACCCCAUUUGGGGCGCCAGUUCAACUUGGAAGAGGGCCUAGUACAAAUCGAAGUAGAAAACUUUAGCUUUUAUGCUGAAGUUAACGCCCUUAGUAAAGAUGGAGGAAAGGCCCAUUGGAUCAAAGCGUUCCACUCUGUUGUGCAAAUGUCUGCCCGACAAUGUCAGGGGCUCAUGGGCUACUUUCUUAGAAUUACCAGAGAGGGAGAGAACAAUGGCAUUGACAUACCUCUACCAGCCAAUCGAAUGAAAAGAACAUCUGACUGCUUUGUGCAAUGGAGAGACAAGCAAAAAGGUGGAGCAUGGGGGCUCAACUUUGUUUCAGAAAAAGAUGCGAGAAAGUUUUACCAGAUGUGUGUUAACGUCCCAGAGUUCCACGGCAGACCUGAGUCAGUAUGCUCAUCGAUGACUUCUGCAAGUACAAUUUUACAGUCGCCCCCUCCCCCAGUGGUGGGUAACACGGAUUACCCAAAAAACACAAGACGUGCUUCACGUAAUCGAAAUUCAUCUUGUGCUCCUGUCAUUCAAGUCUCUGACCCGAGCGAUCUCUACGACAGCGGUAUAGGCCACGAGGUGGGGAAUAGCUUGCCACUACCUAAGGGCCAAUCACGGCACAGCCAUGCAGGCAGUGAUAGUGGCAGCAGCCAUGGCAAUCAUAUCGACAUGAACGGAAUCAAUCAACAGACAAAUGGGGCUUCUGAUAACAGCAUUCCUAAUGACAUGGAUCCACUUGAGUAUGAAUUUUUGCAGCAGCAAAUAAAUGGGAUCGAGGAUAAUAAUUUGCUUAUGGACAGCCUCGCUAUCAAUAGCAACAGUCUCAGUGGUUCUCGCAGCAGUCUGUAUGUCCCUGCUGAUUUUGACGACUCAAGCGACCGAGUUAGUGAAGACUUUGGGGAACUCAGACCAGCUUCGGCGAUCGUGCACAACAAGCAGUUUGGAACAACGCGAAAGGCAGGUUGGUUGGUGAUUAAGAAUGUUUUGAUACACUCAAAGAAGGGUAAGCUGGAACAAGCACAUAAUAGAAAGUGGAAGAAAUACUGGACAGCCCUGAAGGGGAUUGAGUUGUUGUUUUAUCAUUGCGAUGAGAAGACGGUCACGCAGCAGGAUUUGGACGAACCAUCACAUCGAUUGGACAUAGACCGCUGUAUUGUUCAAGCUGUACCAGAACACGCAAAAUUGGAGAACGUCUUUAGCUUGAGCUCAAAACACGGAAACGCUUAUUACCUGCAGACAACAAGUCAAGUUGAAGUUGAGAACUGGAUUCACUGCAUCCAUACUGCCGCCGCGUCGGCGUUCGCCAGGCAACGGGGUAGUUCAGAUGUCAUCGCCAUUUUGGUGAAUGAGAUCAACAACAUCGAAAGCAAGAUAGCUGAUGAUGAAAAAUUAAGAAAAAUGGCGGAGCUACAGUCGAAAGUUGUAACUGAUGCUAGAAACAAACAAACGAUCGUUGAUCAGGUAUCAGAAUGGGAAAGAAGCCUAGAAAACCUGAACGUCGACAUCUUUCGUUAUCGCUGUUAUCUGGCUGCUGUGCAAGACAUCUCUGUGCCGAAUCCACAGUCCCUCUUGAGCUCUGUCUCUCGCUCAGUCAAACACACUCUUUCAAAAAUUGGCGUAUUUUCUGUUGCUUCCUUUCACGCGUUUGUGAGUGUGAGGGAAUCACUUUCAGAGCCUCCUGUUAAACCUGAAAAAACAAGAAGGAGGCUGCGUGGAGGCAACUCACUCAAAUCUAAGCUUUUGCAGUCCUUGAAAAUUGUCGAUGAUAAAGUUGUUGAGGGGAUAAGGAACAAGCACUCUCCGAGGGGAAAGCGGAGAGGGUCAGCUCAUUCCGCAUCAGACAGUGGGGAUAAUGACAGCUCGAGAUCCCAGAUGAAAGAAAGGAGAGACACUUGGGGACGAAUCGGCAACUUUCUGCAAGUUCAGCUACCGAAUAACCAGACCACAAUGGUACCUUUUGAGCGUGGAAUGACGGUGAACGAUAUAGUCCAAAAGAGUUGUGAAAAGCGGCAUUUACCCCCGGCUGAUCAUUUCUUAAUGCUUCUUUCCGAAGAUAAUGACAGUGGACUUAUGGAUUACGUAAUUCCUCAGUAUUCAGAACUUCUAGAAGAACAGAAAUACACGACGCUGAAGAUCUGUCUGAAAACGUCUCUUGAUGUUGAACUAGACGGCCCUGCUGACUACGAUUCCGGACCGUUCGGUAUUGGACUGAGCCAGAAUGAAGAUGGAAGGAUUCUUGUAUCACGAGUGGACGAAGGAAGUCCCGCAAAAAGAGCAAUGAUUCUUGAAGAAGACGAAAUUAUCAUGAUAAACGGUGAAAACAUUCGCGACACGGGUAUUGCAGUUGACUAUGUCUCCGGUAUACUUGACUCGUCCAAGUCUGUUUCUCUUCAACUGCUGUCUAGUCGAAUCGAUGAUCAAAAGAAAACACGACAAACCACUGAGAACCUCAUCUCAUUUCUAGUUUGCCCUCCUCCUCCGAAAACAAGCCAAUACGAAAUCAAUGAUGACACUCUGGACACCCUGAUUGUGCCUCCUCCAAUGGAUGACGACGAAGAUGCGAAAAGCUCUGUUACAAGUCGAUCAGGAGUCGGUAAUAGCACGCCUGCGCGAAAUGAUGAUAUCGAUGCCCUCCUAAGUAGAACCGAAGAAGUCAACAUCAUAUUUAGGCAAAUGAACGAAUUUAGUCCGGAUGACCCCAGAAUACCAACGAAUAUUAAGCCUGGGCAGCGAUUAAGAAAAAUCGUCGUUGAACUGCAGGAAACAGAGCGGACAUAUGUUAAGAAUCUUUGUUUAUUAUUGGAACGGUAUCUUCUGCCAUUAAAAGAAGAAAGUUUCUUAUCGAGAGACGAGGUCGAUUCGUUGGUUAGCAAUGUUUCUGAAAUCUACGACUUUCAAACCAACUUUUUGGAAAACCUUGAGGACAUCGUACGAACUGACAAAGAUUUCUUUAAGUAUGAAGAAGUUUCAGAUUUUCAGAAUGUUUUGUACGGAAUCGCGGAGACAUUUUUGGAAUACGUUGACAAGUUCAAACUUUACAGCACGUUCUGUUCUUGUCACUCUAGAGCCGUUAAACUUUUGGAGCCAGGAACAAAUCCAGAGUUACAAGCCUUCUUGGAAGCAAGAAAUCCAAAACAGCAACAUUCAGGAACCCUUGAGUCAUACUUGAUAACACCUAUUCAAAGGAUACUUCGUUACCCCCUUCUGAUCAAAGAAAUGCUGAAGCUGAUGGAUAAUGAAAGCGAGGAGUACCGGUGCCUAACCGAGGCUCUCAUCAGUGUUGAAAAGGUGGCUAACUACAUUAAUGAGAUGCAGAUGAUCAGCGAAACCUACUCACCUCGUUUUGAAAAACUUUGUGAAAAUGUUGAUGGGGUCGAGCCAACUGGUAUGGGCGUUGACAAUUUGCUGCAUUAUGGCAAGGUUCGAUGGUUGCAAGGGCCUGACAAGGAAGGAGGCAGUGCUACGAUAAGAAACAACUUCAUCAUCGGAAAAGGAAAGAAAGAAAACGAAAAUGAUGCUACUUUAUUUGUUUUCAAAAAGGCAGUGGUCUUGGUUGUUUAUGAUCACAAAGUGAGGAAAAAGACGAAUUCGCCAUCUUCAUCACUGAAAGUGAAGGCAACAGAUGAAGUGAAAUUUCAAACAUUGAUUCCAAUUUGGUCCGUUCUUAUCCGUGACUAUGCUUGGUCUUCAAACGAUACAAAUCACAUAUGGGAAAUUGUGGAUACCGAUAGCCAAGGGACAGGACAGGAGACGCCGUAUAUGUUUGUUAAUAAGUCUGCAGAAGAUAAACGACAGUUUGUGAUGGCAAUUAAAGAAGCUACAAAGCUAUCUUCACAGCCUAAUAUCUCACCUAGAGGUCCCCCCGUUGUGCCUCCAAAACCAAGGAUAAUCAAAGAUCAGAAUCAGAAUUCCAAUAUUUUGCCGUCGCGGCCUAACCUUUUGGCGGGAAAAAUGAGGCGCUUCGAGAGUAAAUGCAGUGAGGCAAGCAAGUCGAGCUGGGCCAGAAAUAGGCCUCGCGUUAAUUCAGACAGUGAUUCAUCAAAUAAUUCGGCAGGCAUUGAUAGUGGAGUCAGUUUUGAUGGUGGCUCGUCACCGAGGAAAAAUGGCGCUAGAAAGAAGAUAUCAAAUGUCUUCUAGCCACGGGUUCCUUUGCUUUCGCAAUAAUAAAGCUGGGUGAGUGGCAAGUGACACCGAUAACAACUUUACCCCUCUUUCUGCCAACUGCAGGGCCAGAUCUGGUUGAAAGUGCUGCGAUAGGAUGACAAUUAUCGACUCGUUACUGAGUGAUUGAACUUGCAGAAAGAGGUUGUAUCGUAAAUCACCAACUUAUAAACAAGGCAAUACCGUCAACUUUAAAUGGUAUAGGAAUAGAUAUUUUAUUGAUGAGUAUGUUUAGAUAUUUAUGUGAAAACAACUUUGAUAUAAUUUUUUCCAAACUUAUAUUUGCAUCUAACUUAUAGCCAUUCCUUUUGUCAUUGGCUGGGUUUUCAUGUGAAAUAAAGCAUCAAUUUUGCAAUCCUUUCUGGCUUAGGCCAAGUUUAGUAAAGGUCAAAGAUGGUAUUGGUUGCUCUGUCAGUUUUAGUCAAGUAUAUGUUGUUAUGAUCAAAGAUUUUGUAAUAUUUUGUUAUGUAAAUAAGAGAAAACAAAUGAUAGGUUUUUAUCGCAUGUAUUUAAUUAUCACCGUGUGAUUUUCGGCGUACUAUGCUCGUUUGCACUUAAAGUAACUAAAACAUUAGACACGUAAAACGGAAUGUUUGUAGCUGAAGUUUUUCAUAAAUUAUUUUAGUAUCA